AUGUCACGAGUCAGAGCUGAACAAGCGGAGGUAGCAGCCGAGCAGGCAAGAUUGGAUUCGGCAAACGCUCAUCAGAUAUCCACGAAAAAUUUAAGCACAGUCGAUCCUAACCAAAUUCGAUACUCGAUAUCGAUAUCAAACUUAUCGGACACCGACGAGAAAAGGAAUCCAGACUCACAGAACCACGUUCAGUUUGCCAAGAAGGACAGCUCUUCCAAUAAUCCGAUAAAACAAAUACUAAACAAUUCAUUCCGUCAUCCAUCUAUUUGGUCGAGAAAUAACGAGACAACAAUUAAGCGGUUGGACAGCAGCAGGUCUCAAACGAGUUACAAAACAUUCGAUCAAAAUGAAAAAACUUUCAAUUCCAAACAAGAUGCUCGUGAUGCUUGUGACAAACCCACGAGCAGCAACCUCACUUCAUACAACAUCUCGCCAAACAUUCAGACGUUCAACAAAACAAAUCUCUCAAACCCCGUUACCUCCUCCAAUAAAACAAGAGAUCCACCUCCCAUGUCAGAUCUUGACUUUCCAUCAUCAAAGUUCUCGAGAUCAGACGACACCAGCACGAACGUAUCUUCCUUCGUUCCACAAAUGAACGUUUUCGAGAGGAACCGACUGAAACGCAACAAAGACCCCAUCGACAUCUUCAUCGGAGGAGUUCCAAAGACAAACACACCAACACCAACUAGUAGUCUUAGUAAAAAUUCCCCGUUCUCAAGUUUGUCUCCAUCCUUUGCUAACAAAACAUUCAACCCUCCCAGAACCAACGUUCCAAAAACUUCGUCCUCUGAGCAGACGCUGGUAGUCGCCCAACUUUCGAACAAUCAAGCCUGGUUACGGAGAUACACAUCUUGGUCCUGGCUCUUCCUUGUUACAGUCAACCUGAUCAUCGCCUACUUCAUCCUACAAUUUCUGCCCAACUACAUAUCAUAACCUCCACUCUUUCUUUCUCCUCGCUGAUGUGAUGUAUGGAAUACGUUCAAUUAAUUUCUUUUUCAAUCAGUUUUUUUUAAUUUUGAAAAUUAAUUUUGUUCAUCUUUAUAGUGUAAUAUUUAGACGUCACAUUUUGAAAAUGUGAAUCGAUUGUACUUUCAAUCUUAACUCGUUCAUUUCUAAACUCUUGUUUCCAACAAAAGAAUAAUUUUUGUAAAUAAAGUUUCAACA